CUCUGAUGGUCCAGAUCAACGUGCUGCAAGUACUUUGAAUCACUAGCGGCGCCAGGAUUUUGAUUGUAGGUGGGCCUUCAGAAAACUGGAUGGGCCCGUCCGUAAGGCAAAAAAAAAAAUCCCCUUCAUAUCCGUUUCAGCGCUUUUCUGCGGCACUGUGGACAGCGACUCAGUCAUGUCCAGGUCAUGAUGAGCUGCUGAAUGUCUUCAACACAUAUCGAUCCCAGUGCUGAUCUGUUUUCAAUGGCGGUUUAGCUGCAGUGUCAGAGGAGCGAGGAAAUCACUCUCUCUCUCUCUCUCUCUCUCUAAGAUGAAUCUCUCGGAGAAACCGAGUGAAAUAUUAGACUCACACGUGUCCAGCUCUGUGUCUGUGAAGAGUGACCAUUCAAAAAAUGAUGGACCAACCUUCAGUGAGAAAAAAACAUCAUCUACCAAAAGAGUAAGAGCAGGCUCAUAUUUGUCCUCUGUGUCUAUGACGAGUGACCAGUCAAAAGAUGAUGGACCAACCUUCCGUGAGAAAACACCAUAUAACAAAAGUGAAAUAUUAGACUCACACGUGUCCAGCUCUGUAUCUGUGAAGAGUGACCAUUCAAAAAAUGAUGGACCAACCUUCAGUGAGAAAAAAACAUCAUCUACCAAAAGUUGGGAUUGUUUCAACGCUCUGGGAUCGUGUUUGAGUUGCGCCGUGAGGGAGAACGCGCUGGAUUUCCACUGGAGGAAUUGCGUCAUCAGGGACUCUUCACUCAAGGGACUCUUCACUCAAGAAACUCUUCACGUUCGGCUUUCAUCACUGCACGGAGUUUAUGAAAGAUCAUCCUCACAUUUGUCCUCUGUGUCUAUGAAGAGUGACCAGUCAAAAGAUGAUGGACCAACCUUCAGUGAGAAAACACCAUAUAACAAAAGAGUAAGAUCAGGCUCACGUUUGUCCUCUGUGUCUAUGAAGAGUGACCAGUCAAAAGAUGAUGGACCAACCUUCCGUGAGAAAACACCAUGUAAUAAAAGUGAAAUAUCAGACUCACACGUGUCCAGCUCUGUGUCUGUGAAGAGUGACCAUUCAAAAAAUGAUGGACCAACCUUCAGUGAGAAAAAAACAUCAUCUACCAAAAGAGUAAGAUCAGGCUCAUAUUUGUCCUCUGUGUCUAUGAAGAGUGACCAGUCAAAAGAUGAUGGACCAACCUUCAGUGAGAAAACACCAUGUAACAAAAGUGAAAGAUUGUUCUCACGUGUGUCCAGCUCUGUAUCUGUGGAGAGUGACCAUUCAAAAAAUGAUGGACCAACCUUCAGUGAGAAAAAAACAUCAUCUACCAAAAGAGUAAGAGCAGGCUCAUAUUUGUCCUCUGUGUCUAUGAAGAGUGACCAGUCAAAAGAUGAUGGACCAACCUUCAGUGAGAAAACACCAUGUAAUAAAAGUAACAAAGGGCAAAAUACCACAGUAAAUAUUGGUGCAGAAUUUAAACGGUGGGAAGCUCUAAAAGCACAGAAGGAAUUGAAGAGUGAUGUGGAACUGGCAACUUUUCUUCUCAACAGGGUUCAAUCUGUGAAAUCAGACUCAGAUUUGAAGAAUCAACGCUUCCGCAAGAAUUUCAAAGAAAAUCUCCUAUGGAUCUUCAAGCUUCCGGUUAUGCCGUCAUCUACUACAUCAUGGCGCAUCACCAAUCAGGAUUGGACGGAUUUCAUUCAUGCUUCAGACGUGUUACGCUGGGGGAGUUCCCAUAACCCAAGACAUUUUUGCCUGUUCAUCUCUUUUCAUGUCUUUUCAUUUUUGUAAUCAAUUGGUCCUAGUUCCUGGUGUCGUCUACAGAUGACAUAGCAUAAUAUUGGAAUACUUUCAAUUUCCUUUUCAAAAAUGUAUUUAUCCCAUUUGUUUCUUACGAAAGAACUUUCAUAAGAAAGUAAAGAAAGUUUCUGAACUUUUUUUGUUUUUUGGUUCUCAGCAGG